CGGCUCCGGGCAGCUCGGGGUCCCUGCCCGCCAUGCGCCCCCCGGGCCGGCCGGGGGGGCCGCCGGGGGCCGGGGGGCUCCGCUGAGCCCCGGCCAUGGGGCCGUGCCGGUGGUCGCUGCUCUGGGGCUUGCACGCCGCGCUGGUGCAGCUGGCCGCGCUCGCGGCGGGGCAGAGCCCGCAGGAGAGACCCCCGCGGCCGGCGGGGUGGUCCCCGGCCCCCGCAUCCUCGUGGGCGCCCACCGUGGAGCCGGGAGCGCCGGGGGACGGCGAGGGCUCGGCGGCGGCGCUGGCGUUCCUGCGCACGGGCGAUGCCGAGCGCCUGGCCCGGGCCAACUGCAGCGGGGCCGUGGCGGCGGCGGCCCCCGGGCCCGGGCCCCCCCCGGCGCUGCGGGCAGCCCUGCGAGCCGCCCCCGAGGCGCUGGCCCACGCCGCCAACUUCCUCAACAUGCUCUUCCAGACCAACGACAUCCGCGAGGCCAGCGUGGCCGAGGACGUGGAGUGGUACCAGGCGCUGGUGCGCAGCCUGGCCGAGGGGCACCCCUGGGUGCGCAGGGCCGUGCUGGCCCUCGACGCCCACCCGCUGGCCCCCAAGCCCCGGCUGAUGCUGCAGGCCACCAAGGGGGACGGGCAGAUCCUGCUGCAGGACGUGUCCGGCGCCGCUCCCAGCCUGGGCAACCUCAGCUGGGACAACGAGUGGUUCAACGCGCUCAAGUCGCAGCGGCUCCCGGCGCUGCGCAAGCGGGUGCUCAGCAACGACCUGCGCAGCCUGGAGACCCCCAAGUGGCAGCGGGGGGACAGCUACGUGGGGGACCCGGGCCACGUGCGCUGGUCCCCGCCGUUCCUGGAGUGCCGCGAGGGUCGCUUCCUGCCCACCUGGGCGGUCACGCUCUCCUCAGCCUUCUACGGGCUCAAGCCCGACCUCAGCCCCGAGUUCAAGGGGGUCGUGCGGGUGGACGUGGAGCUGCGGGAGGCGGCCAUCGACCAGUGCUCCAGCGGGCCGGGCUGGUUCUCGGACACGCAUCGCUGUGACCUCAACAGCACCCAGUGUGUCCCCCAGGAGAGCCGCGGCUUCGUCCUCGGGAGGUACCUGUGCAGGUGCAAGCCGGGUUUUUACGGGGCCGCCACUGCUCUGUCCCCAGGUGUGGCAGGGACGGAGGGGGGGUCCCGGCUGGGGUGCCGGCCGUGCCCCCCCGGCUGUGCCACCUGCGAGGACGACACGCCCUGCCUGACCCAGGAGGACCCGGCGCUGCGGGCAGCGGUGCUGUCGUGCCAGGCCUGCUGCAUGCUGGCCAUCUUCCUCAGCAUGCUCGUGUCCUACCACUUCCGACGGAGCAAGAGGAUCCGGACGUCAGGGAUCGUCCUGCUGGAGACCAUCCUCUUCGGGUCCCUCCUCCUCUACUUCCCUGUGUUCAUCCUGUACUUCAAGCCGAGCAUCUUCCGCUGCAUCGUCCUGCGCUGGGUGCGGAUGCUCGGCUUCGCCAUCGUCUACGGCACCAUCACCCUCAAGCUCUACAGGGUGCUGAAGGUGUUCCUGUCGCGCACGGCGCAGCGCGCUCCCUACGUGUCGAGCGGGCGGGUGCUGCGGCUGCUGGCGCCCAUCCUGCUGCCCGUGCUCUGGUUCCUGGCGGCCUGGACCGUCGGCACGCUGGAGAACAUCCGCAGGGACAUCCCGCUGGUCGUCCGCGCCCAGACCAGCCGCGGCCUGCGCUUCUCCAUCUGCGGCCACGACUGCUGGGAUUACAUGAUGGUCAUCGCCGAGAUGCUGUUCCUGCUGUGGGGCAGCUUCCUGUGCUACGCCACACGCGCCGUGCCCUCGGCCUUCCACGAGCCCCGCUACAUGGGCAUCGCCCUCCACAACGAGCUCAUGGUCUCUGCCACCUUCCACGUGGUCAGGUUCCUGUUUGUCCCCUCGCUGCAUCCGGACUGGACUCUGCUGCUCUUCUUCGCUCACACCCACGGCACCGUCACCAUGACCCUGGCCCUGCUCUUCAUUCCCAAGUUCCUGCACACGGGCUCGCCGCUGCGGGAGGAGAUCACGGCCGAGGUGUACGAGGACGAGCUGGACAUGCGGCGCUCGGGCUCCUGCAUGAACAGCAGCAUCGCGUCCGCCUGGAGCGAGCACAGUCUCGACCCCGAUGACAUUCGGGAGGAGCUGAAGAAGCUUUACCGACAGCUGGAGGUGCACAAGACGUGGCGGAUGGCCACCAACAACCCGCACCUGGCCAAGAAGCGCGGCUCCCGCCGCAGCCUGGCCCGCUCCAUCCUGCGCCGCAGCGGUGCCGAGCUGGCCGGGAGCGCGUCCCGCCGCAGCAGCGCCGGGGACCGGGCGGGGACCCCGUCCCGCCGCCGCUCCUCGGCCAAGCGGCUGCUGGAUGCCGCCGGGACCGGCCUGAGGACGCGGGACGAAAGCUCCGGGCGCCGCUCCUCGGCGCUGCGCAAGUCCCGCAGCUCCGAGGGGCCCCCGCGAGGGUCGCCCACCCCCAGCCCGCCCGAGGAGCCUCCGCCGGCGGCGGGGACGGACUUGGAGCAAUCCGACAGCGACUCGCUGGACGCCGCCCCGCUCCUGUGCAAAUCGGCCAGCGCGCAGAACCUGUCGGGGCACUGGCAGCGACCCCCGGGCCGCGCCCCGGCUCUGCAGAAGUCGCACAGCGUUGUCGCCGGGGCGCGGGAAGUGGCGCUGCUGGCCGCCCGCAGGGCCGCCCGCCAGCAGUGGCACGGCAGCCGCCACCUCUCCGCGCCGGCCCCGGGGGUCCCCAGCGACGCCGCGACCCCGCAGAGCCCCGCCGAGAGGCGGCAGGACGCGGCCCCGCCGGGCGAUGCCAAGGGGCACAAACAUGUCACCUACGCGCCCGUCAAGAGCGUCAGCGCUGACAGCGCCCACCCGGCCAGGAAGGUGCGGGUGACCGUGAAGAAAACCCCCCCUGCGCCCCCCGUCCGCUACCAGAGCCUGCAGCGCUCGGGGACGCUCGGGGACGGCCCGGAGCCACCCCCGGGCCCCCCGGCACAGGCGGGAGAGGCGCAGGGGACAGCAGGGGAGUGCGUGUCCCCCCCGGCAGGGAAGGGCAGGCUGCUGACCCCGAGCGCCACCUCGGCACACGUCUGUCCCUGGGAGCUGGUCCAGGACGAGAUCCUGGGCAGGAAACAAAAAGCGGCCGAGGCAGCAGAGUCGGGGACCCCCGGUGACACGGCGGCCACCACCCCCGGCCCCAAGGCGCCCCCCGCGAAGAGUUUCCGGAGCCUGGGACUCGCCAUCAAAGCCCUCAACCGCUCCAGGGGGAAGAGCAUCCUGAAAGGGAAAAGCGAGGGGAGCCUCAGGCAGAGGGGCAGCAGCAGGAGGGAGAAGCCCGGCCUGGCAGAGGCCUCGGCCGUGUCCCUCGGGGGGGUCAGCCCAGCCCCCGCUGCCAGAGGCCCCGAGGGGAGCGGGCCGAGCCCCGAGACCCCCGCCCUCCAGCACAACAACAACGCCGCCACCCCCGGGGAAGCCGCGGGCUGGGGGGACAGCGGGACAGGAGGACAAGUGGACAGCCCGGCCGCGGGGACGGGCGGUGGGGACAAAGCGGCAGAGGAGCCCAGCGCUGCCCGAGGGGACGCGGGUGCCGGGCUGGAGCCGCCCAGCGCGGGCCACCAAGGAGCGGAUCUGGGGGAGGACGUUCCUGGGGUCACAGCGGAGGAAGGGACACCUGAAGAGCCCGAGGGGACCAGCAGGUCCCCCCAGCCCCGGGAGCGCCCCGAGGAGGCGCAGCCGCCUGCAGAGCCCACCCCGAGCAGCGAGCGGGGCGCGGCGCGGGCUGAGCCUUGUCCGCCCGGAUGGCUCGGAGCGCCGGCAGGAAGGGCAGCCUUGCUGCGCCAGCAGGCGAUCGCUCCCCGGCAGGACGAAGGGAGCCCGGAGAGCCCGGAGAAGGCGCUGGAAGAGGGGAGCAGCCAGCCCGAGCCCGAGCGGGUCCCUGGAAGGAGCUGGAGCGGGGCCGGCAGCGCGCAGGGAGAGCUCGGUCCUGGGGGAACGCGGGGAUCCCCCAAAUCUGGAGAAGGUGUGGAGCAGCCUGGCAUGGGGCUCGCAGGGAAACCCCCAGCUCUGCCCAAACCCUCAUCCCAGCGGGCUGGAACCACGGAGAGCAAAAAGGCCAACAUCUGCCCCUGGGAGGUGGAGGAUGAGCUGCACCCUAAAACAGAGAUCUGCCCCUGGGAAGAGGCUGCGGCGCCGUCGGGGAAGGAGAGAUCGAGGCAGGACACGCAUGGCACUUCCAAAGGGGAAGAAAAAGUGGGAUCCAGAGCACCGGAAAAGGGAAAGCAGCCCCCAGCCAAACCCCUGCCCAAAUCUCCUUCAGGGAGAUCCCAGAGCGGAAGGAGAGCAGAGACCGAUGGCAAAGCUGAAAUCUGUCCCUGGGAGUCUCAGAGCUCUAAAUCCAGUGACAAAGCUGAAAUAUGUCCCUGGGAAGUGGCUGCACCUCAGCUGGAGAAGGGAACAGCACCUGGUAAGGAGAAACUCCCAAGAAAAGAUGAGACCAAAGCUCUGGAGAAGGGGAGCAAAGAGAGGGAAUCCAUCUGUCCUUGGGAGAGCCUGGACACGGAGCAGCCCCCAGCCAAACCCCACAGUGGGAGCUCAGCACUGCCCAGAGCAGCUCCAGGGAAAUCCCAGAGCUCAGAGAGGGCAGAGAUCUGUCCCUGGGAGUCUCAGGACAUGGAAUCCAGCAGCAAAGCUGAAAUCUGUCCUUGGGAAGUGGCUGAACCUCCCUCCCAGCAGCCAAAGGCAAAGCAGGUCCCUGCUGGGGGCUCCAAGUGGGACAAGCGCAUCACGCGCCAGGCAGCGCUGGCCAGCCCGGAGAGAUCCCUGGAGAGCAGAGAGAGAGUGUCCAUCUGUCCUUGGGAGAGCCUGGACACGGAGCAGCCCCCGGCCAAACCCCACACUGGGAGCUCAGCACUGCCCAGAGCAGCUCCAGGGAAAUCCCAGAGCUCAGAGAGGGCAGAGAUCUGUCCCUGGGAGUCUCAGGGCUCCAAAUCCAGUGACAAAGCUGAGAUCUGUCCCUGGGAGAGUCAGGGCUCCAAAUCCAGUGACAAAGCUGAAAUCUGUCCCUGGGAGGUGGCUGAGCCUCAGCUGGAGAAGGAAACAGCCCCAAGUAAGGGUAAACUCCCAGGAAAAGAAGACUCCAAAGCUCUGGAGAAGAGCAGCAGAGACCGAGAGUCCAUCUGUCCUUGGGAGAGUCUGGACAGGGAGCAGCCCCCGGCCAAACCCCACACUGGGAGCUCAGCACUGCCCAGAGCAGCUCCAGGGAAAUCCCAGAGCUCAGAGAGGGCAGAGAUCUGUCCCUGGGAGUCUCAGGGCUCCAAAUCCAGUGACAAAGCUGAGAUCUGUCCCUGGGAGAGCCAGGACCUUAAAUCCAGUGACAAAGCAGAGAUCUGUCCCUGGGAGUCUCAGGACAUGGAAUCCAGCAGCAAAGCAGAGAUCUGUCCCUGGGAGGUGGCUGAGCCUCAGCUGGAGAAAGGAACUGGCCCAGGUAAGGAGAAGCUCCCACCAAGAGAAGCCUCCAAAGCUGUGGAGAAGGGGAGCAGAGACCGAGAGUCCGUCUGUCCAUGGGAGAGCCUGGACACGGAGGAGCUGUCCCUGCAACCUGCAGUGGGGAAGGAGCCACCCAAGAAACCCGGCAGCACGGAGAGCAGGAAAUACGAAAUUUGCCCCUGGGAAGCAGCAGAGCCCAUUGGGUUGGAGCAGGAACUCUCCCAGCCAGGUGUGCAGCCACAGGGAGCCCAAAGGGGUUCCCCUGCAGGGAUGGGACAGCCAGGAGUCAGCGCUGUGUCUCCAACACUUCUGGAGAAGUCCAGGGGCAGAUCCCACGGGGAAGCCGAGCACAAGCCCCUGUGCCGGCUCCUGCCCAGCACCCCGCGCCCAGGGGCGGGCAGCAGCUCCAGCCCUGGCCUGGCUGAGGUUUGUCCUUGGGAAGCUGGAGAGGCUCCAGCAGCACCUGCCAAGCCCGGUUUGGACACGAGGAAAAGCUCUGAGGUGUGUCCGUGGGAGGAGGAGAGCACGGAGCCCCCCCGGACCCGCCCCGGGCAGGGCAGAGCCCGGGAUGGGAGCGGGGUGUGA